CCCCGAAUUAUUUCCUCACCAGUCUAGCUUCUGGCUUGUCCGUUGUCCAGCAUUUGCAGACAGAGAGAGCCUCUCCGCACCCUGCGCACCGCAUCCUCCGCUCUCUGACAUUUGAAGCCGCCCAUACACAGACCAAAGGCAAGAUGGCUGCUGCGGCCCUGGAUAACGCCAACCCGACGAUUCUGAGCGCUUCUCAGCUCCCAACUCGGCAGAAACGGUCGGCUCCGCGCAAUGGGCCCGACUGUAGAUACUCGGACCUGAUUUUUGCGAAGCCGUCGUACAUGUCUCGGCCCUUCUUGCAAGACGACGACAUCCGGUAUCAGGAUGACACAGCGGCGGCAGUGGCCUGGUCCCGCUUCGGUGCCGGCUCAGGAGCUGCUGCUGAGGUCGAUUUAUCGGCCGAGCCCAUCGACGAGCAAGAGAUCUACGACCUUAUUUCUAGCAUAACGGAUCCCGAACACCCCGUAUCGUUGGGUCAACUGUCCGUCGUCAACCUCCCUGACAUUCACAUUACUCCCUCUCCGGCCCUCGGAGUGCCAAGUCCGAACACCAUUGUCCAAGUCACGGUCGAGCUUACUCCCACCGUCACCCACUGCUCUCUCGCUACUGUGCUUGGGCUUGGCGUAAGGGUCCGGCUGGAGCAAGUGUUGCCUCCGAAUUACCGCGUGGAAGUCAUCUGCAAGGAAAACAGCCACAGCCAAGAUGAUCAAGUGAACAAACAGCUUAGCGACAAGGAGCGUGUCGCGGCAGCUCUGGAGAAUGACUCGCUGAGGAGUGUCUUGGACAAGAUGCUGGAGUCUUGCUUGGAGAAUUGAGUUGCUCAAUCUCGAGAGAACAAAAACCCGGCGUUC